ACCUUUCAUUAGAUCCAUCAAAUUCACAAACAAAGUCAUAAAAACACUAAUCAUGAAGAACCCCAUCAACAAUGCCAACACAAAGCUCAUCCUCCUUCAUCCCUACAUCCAAAAACAAGCCAACCCGAACCGCCUUUGGCUUAUUGCGCUAGUCUCCGUGUUCACCCUAGCAUCCCUUCUUACUCUCGUCUAUACCCGUGAAUCGUUCCAUACAACAACUACUACUACUUCCACUGCCACACGUAUAAUCACGGACAUUAACCAAAACCAACAAACACUCCCCAAAUCCGUCAUGAAAGCUCUUGUCCAUUAUGCGGCUAACACUAACCGCACUGAUCAUAUGUCACAAACUGAUAUCAAACAAAUCAUGGAUGUCCUCAAACAAUGCACUUCUCCUUGUAACUUUCUCGUAUUUGGACUAACAGCUGAAACUCUUCUUUGGAACGCUUUAAACCAUUAUGGACGAACGGUUUUCAUUGAUGAAAACCGUUACUAUGCUGCCUACAUUGAAGAAAAGUAUCCAGAAAUUGAAGCAUAUGAUGUCCAAUAUACUACCAAGAUCAAAGAACUUAAAGAGCUUAUUACAUCUGUUAAAGAACAAACUCGCAAUGAGUGCAGGCCAGUACAAAAUCUAUUGUUUUCAGAUUGCAAGAUUGGAUUAAAUGAUCUUCCUAACCAUAUAUAUGAACUAGACUGGGAUGUGAUUCUUGUGGAUGGUCCACGUGGGUAUUGGCCUGACGGUCCAGGGAGCUUAUCGGCCAUAUUCACAGCCGGCGUGCUUGCCCGUAGCAAAAAAGGUGGAAAUCCUAAGACACAUGUGUUUGUGCACGAUUAUAAUAGGAAGGUUGAAAGGAUGUCUAGUGAAGAAUUUUUGUGUAAAGAGAAUUUGGUCAAGUCUUCUAAGGAUUUGUUGGGUCAUUUUGUGGUGGAAAGAGUGGUGGAUGAGAGUGGUAAAAACCAGUUUUGCCGCAACCCUCCAACAAUGUCAUCCUAGGCCGGCCAACCAGUCGUUGCGAGUGUGUAUGGCAGUUACAACAAAAGUUUACUUGAUAUAGGUGUCAAGGUUGAUUAAUUGUUUGUUAAAGUUGUUUGAAAAGGCUUAUAAUUCACUGAACUUGAACCAAUGGUUCAUAUGACAAGGGCUACAUAAAAUGUGGUGAGACCCUUUGUAACUAUGCCGCAACUUAAUCAAGAACUUUUUGAUGUAGUAUGAAGACUUUCUAAAAGGCUUUCUGCAA